AGAGAAUCAGCACCAAAUCCGAAAUCACCAUGCCGCUCCUCGCCCGCGCACCGCCGCUCCACCACUCGCACCCUCCCCACACCGCCACCGCCGGGCUCCUUCCACGCUCGGCUUCGGCGGCCACACCCCGCCGCCGCGUUCCCCCGUCCUCCCGUGCCCGCGUCCGCGCCUCCAAUUCCGACCCUCCGCAGCAGCAGCAGGUCAACCUCUCCGUCCUCCGCUUCACCCUCGGGAUCCCCGGGCUCGAUGAGUCGUACCUCCCGCGGUGGAUAGGCCUCGGCUUCGGCGCGCUCGUCGUCCUCAACCACCUCCUCUCCCCGUCCCCCACGCCCGCGCAGCUCAGGUCCGAGGCUCUGGGGCUGUGCCUGGCCGCGUUCUCGGCGACGCUGCCGUUCCUCGGGAGGUUCCUGGAGGGCGCUGAUGCUGCCAACCGUGUGCCGUUGCCCGACAGGAGCAGGCAGGUGUUCGUCAUGUCUGAGAACCUGUCAGCGGCGCAGAAGGAGGACUUGGCGUGGGCAUCGUAUGUCCUGCUGCGGAAUACAAACACCACUUCUGUGCUCAUAGCAAUUGGGGAUGUGUUGUGCGUACGAGGAUACUGGGAUCCACCUGCAAAUACUUCAAAGUAUGCCAUGAUUGAGUGGUUCAAAAGUCAGAUCCAGCAAGUAGGACUUAAUGAUUUGAGGAAUGCCUUGUACUUCCCUAAUUCCUCGGAUUCUCAGCUUGCGAAGAUUCUGCCAGAUGGGAUUCUUUCUUUGUUAGCUCAACCAGUUCUUAGGAGUCCUGAUCUAGCUAAUGGUGAAACAAAAACUGAAGGUGUCAUCCUGUUGGCCUCCAAUGCAAAUUAUGCAUAUACUGAGAAAGAUAGGGUCUGGAUAAGAACAGUUGCAAACAAAUUCCAAAGUGCCUAGUUCAGAGAUACCAAAGGAUAACCAGUACAAAUGGUAAUGCCAGCUGCUUCUUGUACUGAAAUGGACCAAGGAUUUACACUCUGAAGUCUGAACGUGGAUCCACAUGUCAAACAUUGGUGCUGUGGAAUGGUGCUCGGGUAGCAUUUUUCUGUGGACAAUUAAGCCAUACAUUCUUUUUAGAAUUGGACAGUGAUCCAGUUGAAAGUGUUGGCAUAUGCUAUUAGGGAAUUUUAAUCAUUAAGGAAAGCAAUACCAGUUAACAAUAUUUUAAAUUUUUAGAGCAGUUGUUGUCUUAAUACGCAAAAAGAAGGGAAAAAUGCAAAUACUAACAAUGAUGUUACUAUAGAAGUUCUUUGGGGACACAAACAAUGUUUGUUGAAUCUUGUGAUGUAUCUUGAUGUAAAGACAUAUCUUUAAGAGUAGUAAUAGGAAUCUCCAUCUCUAUCAUGUGUCGCUGUAGUCCUAUUCAGUUAUUGCCUGGUUUGGAGGGAGCUCAUUAUUGGCACUCAUAUCUUGUCAGUGUGAAAUAGCACUUCCUCACAUGAUUCUAUUUUCUUCAUGCAGCCAUGCAGGCGGAUAAUAAGAUGUGAUCAUUCUCGUGAAGAGUGGGAGAGGAUAGGUCAAAUUCGUAUCGGGAAUAUCUUCUUUUACAGCUGAAAGUCUGAAACUACAGAAUUGGCUGUUUUCUUCCAUAGAACAUUGGGAACUCUACGUUCAAGUGGCAAAGGCUAUUGGCACAAGACUUCCCCGAGCCUAUUGGCACCGGAUUUCCCCGAGGCUCUUCAGUGUCCUUCAUCAUGAACAGGAACAGCUCACUAGCCAUUCAUUCGCUAAUCGCUACAGAAGCAAGAGCCGUCUCGCCCUGACCCGAGCUAUCUUUGUAUUCUUGUGAGCCCAUCAUGUCGAGCUGCUUGAAAUCACUUUCCCCUGGCCUUUGAGCCUAAGGUGCAUACAAAGCCUUCCAUGUGACACGCUAUUGCCAAAAUGCACGUACGUCCUUGUAUGCACGCAAUAGCUGAAUAUAGUUGUUUAAAUGCUCGCAGCUGGAUGUGGUUGUGGUU